UUUCCAAAGCAACACUUUUUCUGCUCUUGCAUUUGCCUCGCAACUACUCAAUUCAAUUCAACUCAUCUCUCUAUCUCUCUGUGUUUAUAUGUGAGUGUGUUUGCGCCAUAAUUGAGCACAAUGUUCUUUCACUUGUUAAAUGGAUAAUGCAAUUAGAAGAAUCGAUGCUGCUAUUCAAAGUAGCAGUGAUUCAAUUUUGGGAAAAGGAGAAUACCGCGUCCCUGGAUUUGAUUCGACAGUGAACAGUGCCAUAAGGAGUAGAACUUCGUCAAAUUCGAAAAUAUUUUCUGUCAAUGGAUUCGGUUGGACAGUGGAGAAUGCCAUCAAGAGUACCACUGCACCAAAUUUUCAAACACACGAUAGUGUUCAUAGUUUUGGUUGGGCGGUUGAGAAUGCAAUGAGGAGUGGGGUUGGGCCAAAUCCCCCUCCUUUCCACGGUUUCACUUCGGCGGUGGAUAAAGCAAUUUGCAGCAAAGUUGGUGCCGAAGCCGAAGUUGAAGGCGAAACCGAAGAGUUGCCCAACAGAGAGGGGUACGCGGUGUCAUGGCAGAAGGGCUACAUGUUAGGGAAGGGCUCCUUCGGCACCGUCUACGAAGCCUUCACAGAUGAUGGAAACUUUUUUGCUGUAAAGGAGGUGUCCUUGUUGGAUCAUAGAAGCCAGGGCAAACAGAGCAUUUUCCAACUUCGGCAGGAAAUAUCUCUUUUGAGUCAGUUCCGGCAUGACAACAUAGUUCAAUAUCUAGGCACAGACAAGGAUAAUGAUAAACUGUAUAUCUUCCUCGAGAUUGUAACAAAAGGAUCAUUGGCAGUUCUCUAUAAAAAGUAUCAUUUAAUGGACUCUCAAGUUUCUGCAUAUACAAGGCAAAUUUUAAGCGGCUUGAAGUAUCUUCAUGAUCGUAAUGUGGUUCACAGGGACAUCAAGUGUGCCAAUAUACUGGUUGAUGCAACCGGGUCCGUCAAGCUUGCAGAUUUUGGUUUGGCAAAGGUUACCAAAUUAAACGAUGUUAAAUCAAUUGGAGGCUCCCUGAACUGGAUGGCCCCUGAGGUUGUUAACUUGAGGAGUGGUGGAUAUGGGUUAGCAGCAGAUAUAUGGAGCUUAGGAUGCACAGUGUUAGAGAUGUUGACUCGUCAACCUCCUUACUACCAUUUGGAAGAAAUGCAAGUGAUAUUUCAAAUCGGCGGUGGUGAACCUCCACCUGUUCCGGGAUCGCUGUCGAUAAAUGCCCGAGAUUUCAUUCUUAAAUGCUUACAAGCUGAUCCAAACAAACGUCCAACUGUUGCUCAACUAUUGGACCAUCCAUUUGUAAACUUUUGCACCACUGUUAAUUAUGGAGACCAAUUUCAAGUACCACAUUGAAGAUUAAUUUUUACAUUGAAGAUACGUAUUUAGAUAUAUUCUUUCUGUACAUAUUUUUAUAAGAAAAUAAAAUGAAUUUGUCCAUCAAUUGAAAAACA